GAGGUGAAGAAGAAGAUCUUGGAGACCAGUUUACAGUCUGGUGUUGUCUCCUCUCUCACUGCCUAUGUAGCCAUCAACAAGAACACUAAGAGACGUGUAGAGGGUCCUCCAAUGUGUAGGGACAUUCCGACAACAGCAGACAUCAUGUGCUCAGAGUACGCACAGAACCUCAACCUUCACUAUGGACAUUCUCUGCACUCCGCGUCACAUUCCCAUCACAUGAGUGCCAAUUUGUACAUCCUUCAUGAUCAUUAUUUUGAUGGUCCAGAAGCAGUUUGGCUGAUUUCCCUCCAGAAUGCAGACGGAUCCUGGAACCUGACCCGAGAUUCUCUACUAUACUGGGAGUAUCUGAGAGCAGCAUAAAGGCCGGCACCCCGGACCAGAACGUGGAGGUGUCGGUGUGGGUGACGGUCCUGGCGGUGAUCUGGCUUCACAGCAGCUGUCUGGAUCAGAGAGCAGAGUGGGAGCUGCUGGUGGAGAAGGCUGUCUCCUGGGUCAGGGCCAAAGCAGGUUCUUCUCUGGGUGGGCUGGUCCGAGCCGGAAAUGAGCUGCUGAGAUCCUCGGUGGAACCCAAAGUGUUCGGACUGUGA